AUCGGAAGUAAACAAAGCGGUGGCAGAGGCGGCCUUUGCAACACGUGUUUGUAACGUGUUUUUGGUUUCUGUGUGAAUGCCAUUCUGUGAAAAGAAUAAAGAAGGUGGUAGUUGUUGAAAUGGAGGAAAACAUCUGCUAGUUAUUGCAGUGAAAAGGGGUGUUUGUCGUGAGUUUUAUGCAUCUUAAAAGGAAGUUAUUUUGGUCAUCCGUUCAGGAUAUUAACUUUGAAGACCAUGGGGCUCUUAUGAUGAUGUUCGGCAUAUACUGAAGAAGAUUAUAUUAAAGAAUAAGCUUGUAUUAAAGAAUAAACUAAGAGUGUGUGUUAGCCACCUCUGUACAAGAUGUUAGAAUAUGAGAACCAAAUGCUGUUAGACCUCCUACAUGAGGACGGCCUCCUUGUAGCAGCUAAAGGAUUAGGCUUAGAGCGGAUUUUGACAAGUCUGAUCAUCACAUACAAUGACCCCGGUAACCUAGUACUGGUAAUUGGCACUACGUCAAGGGAGGAGGAGUAUGUCCUAUCCCAGCUAGAGGGCCAAGGAGUUACUCCAAUCCCCAGAUGUGUCACGGCAGAAUGUCCAGUUAAUGAAAGAUCCCAAAUAUAUGCAAAUGGUGGAGUGCUCUUUGUGACAUCUCGCAUUUUAGUCAUGGAUAUUUUGAUGGAACGAGUGCCGGUGGAUUUGGUAACAGGUGUGAUUGUUUGGAAAGCUCAUAAGAUUCUAGAAUCAUGUCAAGAGGCUUUUAUCCUGAGGUUAUUCCGUAUGAAAAACAAAACUGGCUUUGUGAAGGGCCUCAGUAGCAGCCCUUUGUCAUUCACUGCGGGAUUCUGCCAUGUGGAGCGUGUUAUGCGGAAUCUCUUUGUCAAAAAGUUAUACCUGUGGCCAAGGUUUCAUAUGGAUGUUAAUGCUUGUUUGGAAAAGUGUAAACCAGAGGUAAUUGAGCUGCACCUGAAGAUGACUACCCCAGUUCAGCAAAUCCAGAUGGCUGUGUUAGAUCUGAUUACUGAAACUGUUCAGGAACUCCGUCGCUCCAACAGUACCAUUGACACUGAGGAAUUCACACCAGAAAAUGCAAUAUCCAAAUCCUUUGAAAAGAUUCUAAAAGUCCAGCUGGAACCCAUAUGGCAUCAGUUGUCAUCUCGUACAAAAAUGUUAAUUGCUGAUCUGAAGGUUAUGAGAACUGUCCUAAUGUAUUUGACCCAAUAUGAUUGUGUGACCUUCUACAAUCUCGUAAACUCAUUGGGAAAACGAGAAGCCUUCAGAGCUCGGGGCGGGAUUUUUUUUGGGGGCAGCAGGACAUUUUUUUUAAAUUCAAAACUCGGGUUUGGCAGUGCUGCAAGCCCAACAAAGAAAUCUGUUAGGGAAGAUAAUGCUAAGAAACUGAAGAGGGAAUAUAUAGACCAAAAUUUAGAGGUUAACCCAAAGUGGUUGGCGUUGUCAGAGGUUUUGGCUGAAAUUCGAGAAGAAGUGCAAGAGGGAAAGAAUUUGGAGAAGUGUCUUGUCGUGACUCAUGAUGAUCGAACUUCACAACAGCUAAAAGAGUAUUUGAUAGAUGGAGCCCAAGUGGUGCUUCGUCGCAUUUUCUACCGAACGAUUGGCGCAAAGAUGGGUUUACAGCCCCCACCCAGCCUCUUUAGGGACAAGGAUAAAAAUAUGCCAAAGGAGAAAGGGAAAAAGGGCAAGAAGACGAAGACAACUGAAGGGGCAAAGGAGGAAGUGACAUUGACUCAGAUCACAAAGAAAUACGAGUUUGUUGGUCAGGAUAAAUCUGAAUUUACCAAUGAGGCAGAAACCAGUGAAGAAGUGGAGGAGAUACGAAGGAGGUUUCUCUCCCCACUCAUCAUGGUACAGUCUGUACGGGUAAGGAAGCCUCUGUUUACAGUCUUUCAUCUUUUCUGUUAUAUUUUUAGUGUUGCUACUAUUUCAUUUAAUCUUUUCUUCUCUUUAACCCAAAAAUUCAACCAAGAAGUAAAGCAUUCUGUGCUUAGCAUUUUCUUUAAAGCCUUCUCUUCAUUUAAAUUUUUUUCUUGUGUCACAGGCUGUUUUCUCAUAUUCCUUCAGGUAUGGCAAGCUAAUCAUACAGAGCGGAUAAGAGUGUAUUUCUUAUUAUACAAGGGGACCACUGAAGAACAAGUUUAUCUCACUAAUAUAAAAAGAGAGAAAGAUGCAUUUGAGUACCUGAUUAAUGAAAAAGCUACAAUGGUCAUCCCAGAGUACAAUGAUGGUAAGAGCGGCGACCAUCCAGACUUGAGCCGUGACCCCCGCAAGGCCAAUGAGAUUGAUACUUCAGGAAACAGCAACUCCAGGAAAGGAGGACAAACAGGAGAGGAGCCUAAAGUGCCACAGAGAAUAAUUGUUGACAUGCGAGAGUUUCGGAGUGAACUUCCUGCUUUAAUCCACAAGAGGGGCAUUGAUAUUGACCCAGUUACAAUAGAGGUUGGUGAUUACAUCCUGACUCCAGAUGUGUGUGUAGAGCGCAAAAGUCUAAGUGACUUGAUUGGAUCGUUGAAUUCGGGCCGACUUUAUAAUCAGGCACAGGCAAUGACAAGAUAUUACAAGAAACCCGUCUUACUUAUUGAAUUUGAUCAAAAUAAAUCAUUUCAUCUGCAGGGUCGCUUCUUUCUGUCAAGCGAUGCAUCUUCAUCAGCCAAGGACGUUGCUGCAAAACUACAGCUGCUGACUUUGCACUUCCCUCAUCUUCGGUUACUUUGGUGUCCAUCACCAUAUGCUACUGCUGAGAUAUUUCAGUUGCUGAAGGAAGGGAAGGAAGAACCUGUUGUAGCACAGGCUCAAGCCAUCACUGCUGAGACGAACCCAGAAGUAGAUUCUGACAAGUUCAAUCCUCAGAUAAAAGAUUUCAUAUCAAAACUACCUGGAAUAACUACAAAGAACAUCUAUUCUGUGUUGAACAAAGUCUCAGAUCUAUCAGAGUUGCUGUCGCUCUCAAAGGAAAAACUAAAAAAGAUCCUUGGCAACAGUCGCAAUGCUCAAGCUCUUUACUCUGGCCUUCACCACUGCAUGAAGCCCCCAGAGAAGGAGGACUUGAAGAAGGGCAGCAAGUUUACUAAAAAGGGCCUCAAAAGGUUCAGGACAAAAAUGUGAAUACUUAAAGCUGUGGAUUCAGAGACGCUUUAAUGCCAGUGAUAUAUCUGGUGAAAAAGGCAUCGAUUAGAGUUCAUAAGAUGAG